ACGUACUGCUCCUUCCUCUCACCUUCCGCGAAAUGCUUCAUCGCUCUUUUCGGUUUCCCUUGUACCGUGUGAGCAAGGGAUCAACUAUAAACUUGUGUCCAUCAAACCGCGAAACUGGUAAAAUAGAAUUGAAAAAAAUGGCGCUGGCCUCAUGACUUUUAUUGUUCUUCCUUCCGGGAAUGGCAUAAUCUUGGUCUGCUUUUUUUUUUUUCUUCUUCCCCCUACUGCACCCGGAUUUCUCUUACAUACCUACUCUUACUUAAAGGGCCAGUUCCUGUUCUUUCUUUUUACCCCGCAGAACUCAUCUUCUCUUCUCUCCGGAUUUCGUGCUCUCUUCCUUCUCCCUUUCUCCCUCCUUUCCUUGUUGUGAAAGGGGAAGAGGAAGACCAAGUUUCAAAGCUUAGCUUCCCCUGAAAGGGUUCAGACUUGUCAACCUAAGCAAACCAUCAAGAGGUUAAACUCGCAAAGUUUCCCCCUUCUCCUUCUAGCCAUCUUUGCCUUCACUCCUCAGAUCCCUCCUUUUUUCUCUUCUUCUUUCUUCUUGUUCAAAAAAAGAAAAAACUACCGCUGGAAAGAAACUCCCUCCUAUCAUACGUAUUUUAUACGCAAAACGGCCCCGUCAUCAUGAGUGCUCCACCUUCAAUUCCGCCGAGGCCCUCUGUCCCACCUCGCCCGAGUCCAAAGCCUCGCUCAAAAUCACCCCUUGAGCAGGAGGGACCCGCACUGACUACCAUUCCGCCCACCACCGAGCUUCACGCUCCUGUCGCAAGGCCCCCAGCACCGAAACCAACGGAGUCAGGCUCGGGCAUCACUACGAGUACCACUUUGAAGAACGAUUCGGGAAUCCCGCAAAUUGGAAGGAGAGUACCGAUGUGUCCCAAUGCGGGUGAUGUACAGGCUCCCAGCCCGGCUGUGACGCCAGGUGCGGGGAAGAGGAGUCAUGUUUAUAGAGAGGAGUGGGAGAUGGAUGAGGGAGCCUAUGGGCAAGGAACACCAAAGGGGAUUAAUCCGUAUAGUAAGUUAUUUCCACCUUUCCCCCUCCAUUACCCUCUCGUCGUAUCCUUAUCGCUUUCCCCACAAAGUGAGGGGUGAAAUCUUAUGUUUAAUUUUAUUUCUUCACCCGUGUUCCUGAGAAAAAAGAAACAAAGAGAGAGUGGAUGGUACAGGUAAGAGGGGGGAAGGAGAAAAGAUGUCCUAUCAUAAAAUCUCUGCGUUUCAAUACCCGGUUUUAAUGUUGAUUGUUUCUCAAAUUGCCUUUCCUCUCUUCUUGUGUGGUGGAUGCAGCGCAGUCCAGUCAUGUUUUUAACCGUCAACCGUCAAUGUUUUUGCUUGUGCUUCACGUUUUAGCCCAUUGUCCAAUAGGAGCAUUGCUGAUUAUAUUUGUCCUUUGCGCAUGCGCAGCCAGGAGCUCCACCGAUCUCAACCAAUCGGUUGCACAGAGCCCUGAUUUAGGCGCUGCCAACGAUGCGUCUACUCCGGUUCCCGACGAAGAAAUUGGUUAUCUAGCCAGCGAGCAGUACGCUCGCGUUAUCUCGCCGCAACUAACGGGUGCCUCUUCCACUGGCCAUUCACCCGCGUUACGUCGCGGAGAUUUGGAAGAUGCCCCCGUAUCGUUGUACGGCAUUGUUGCGAACUCUUCGACAAGCAUUGAUGAAAAAGAUAAGGAAAUAAGCAUCCAUUUGGAUGCGCUCCCACAUCAUGGUGGCGUGUAUCACCAUCACCACCACCACGAUUCGAGGGCUGGGACUAGACCUGGUUCUGCUUUGGGUAUGAUGGAUGAGGAGGAAGAGGAGGAAGAGCACGAACAUCCUAUCUUGGCCUCCGAUGAGGUUCAGAAGCGCAGUGGAGAGUUCAUGCUGCCCGCUAUCUCCCCCCCUCUCCCGCCCAAGAGGCCUGGCUCUAUGCCCAACACUCGGCCUCACAGUGUGGCCCCUACCGGUCCGGGCUCGGUUGCCGACGGCGACGACGAGGACGGCGAUAUCGAGCCUACCGAUUUGCCAAGUAACACUAGGCUCGAAUUGCGGGAACCAUUGAUCGCAUUACAGCCUGGAGAAGAGACCGAACCAUUGUUCCCCGAAGAUGAAGGUGAUAGUGAGGAUGCGGAUACGGAAGAAUGUGCCAUAGGAGCUGUUGAUAAAAUUCAAGAGAAGCUAAAACGUCCGGAUUUGCCGCCCUCUGUGGGCUCUGGCCGCCGAUUUCCCAGCAAAGAUAUCUGGGAGGAGGCCCCGGACCACGCACAACUCCAGGCUAUCGUCUCAACUCCGCCCAUCGCAGAUCCGGAAGCUCAGGACGAUCAUAGAGAGGAGGGGAAGAUUGCUGAGCGAGCUAGUAGCACCCCGGAAUAUGUUCAGGGACAACCUCACGAUCAUUACGAACCUGGCGACGAAAAAGAGUUUGAGCAGUUGCAUAAAGAUGCAAAGAAGAAAGCGGGGAAUUACAGGCACGAGGUGCAAUCAGAAGGUCCUGAUGAACACCUGGACAGACUUUUAAGGGGGGGCAAGAAGGGUGAAGAGUCUGUUGGUUCUGGAGACAAAAACGGGGUCAAGCGAUUCCCAAGCAACGAUAUCUGGGAGGACGUCCCGCCGAGUUUGCAACUCAGUGCUACUGUCACUCCGUCCAAUGACCCCCAGGAAGAUAGUACACAUGAGUAUAAGAGCGGAGCUACAACCACAGGGACCGCCCGACUAGAGGACAAGAUCGCUUCUAUUCCCGAGGAGGAGGACAAUACACGGCCCACAGCCGGAGCGCCCGUUGAAGACCCAAGUACGACAAAAACAGGUUUUCCGGCGAGGAGACCCCAGGCUCCUUCCACCCGUCCUUCAAGAAAAGCGCCUCUACAAACCGGCGAUUCAACAUCUACAUUAAGCACCGCUUCCGAAAACGCGCCAAUAAGCCCCGACAAGAAGGCACCACCAUCCAUUCCCGAUCGUCCUAAGCCUAAGGUUCCUGCACGGCCUAAUAGACCAGCAACUACCAUGGCCCGAUCUUCAUCAACCGAGUCCCCUUCAACAGCAUCGAGCGGGUCCGGUGGUAGUAUGGCACCCGGAAAUCCACCACCUCCUAGCUCUAAGCCAAAACCCGUCAUUCCUCCGAGAACAGGAGGGAUUGGUGGAAAGAUUGCUGCUUUGAAAUCCGGCUUCAUGAGCGACCUUGAUCAACGACUGAAACUGGGCCCUCAGGCCUCAAAGCAGGUGGAGAAGCCUGCAGACGAGGAAGAUAGGCCAGUGGAGGUGCUGAGCGAUGUGCGAAAGAGCAGGGCCAAAGGGCCAAGAGGAAGGAAAUUACCAACCGCCAAAGAGGCCGAAACCAAGACUGAAACCAUGGCCGACCCCACAGCACUCAGGAUGGAGGUUGUUGGCGUCUGGACUGUAUGGAGUAUGAAUGAGGAAGGGGUCAGCGUGGGUGAAGAGUCAGCCAUUGGCUCUACAGGCGAGCUGGAAAUAGAUACCAAACCCGAGCCUAAGGCAGAAGGUGAGAAGGAGGAGGCAGUCCCAACUCCUUCGACAACAGCUGUUCCUAGUGUCACCGGCACUGGUCAACAAACGGUCCCUGCGGUAGGUAGGAGCAUUGAUACCACCAUUACCAUGCCUACCCCGAAAGCAGGAGAAAAGCGAGAGAAGGACGAGAUCCCAGCAGUUAUCAUCCCUGGUGGUCGACAGACCGGGGAUGCUAUCGCGGCCAGCGAGGUCCGGGGCGAGAGUGUUGAUGAAGUAAAAGGAGAGGAUGUUAGAAACACAGUGGGCGAUCAGAAAGUUGAGGUUUAGCACGUUGGGCUGCGUGGGUAUUUUUUGUUGCAGUUUCUUAUUUCUUGCUUUCUUGCCCUCUUGAUUCCAUUCUGCCAGAUUUCCCUGGUCUGCUCUGUUCCACGCUAUGGUAGAGAAACAAGGCGCAGUCGAUCGUUGCUUGUCUUAUCGCCACUCUUUUUUAUUCCUUUAUUCACUCUUUUCUUUCACGCGGGAUAUCUCUGGGAGUAGAAAAAACGGGGAUAGUAUGCGGAAUUGUACGCUCGUUUUUUUGGGGGUAGGUGGCAAUUGGCACUUUGGCCACAGCAGCUUGUAGUUGUGCUCUGGUAGCCCCCUCGCCCCCCUCCCCUCCAGAGUGACAUGGUGUGACACUGGGACGGGCUUGAUCUACUCGGCAUCAUCUAUCAUCAUUCGCAGAAGGGGUUAAUCAGGUCGGUCGGUUGGUUGGUUGGUCGGUAGGAACUGGUAGUUGAUCCAUUGGUGGAUCGCCUGAGCCACCGUACGCCGUAUGUUGGGUCAUUGUGCUCGGAUGAGCGCUGGGCCGUUGACAGCCGGGGGUAAGUCAGUUUCUCUUGUUGGUGAUUGAAGUGAAACGGAUGUUGAUUUUGCCGCUUGCCACUGUGGUGAUCAUAUUUUCUUGUUCAAGUUGCGCUGCCCCGUGUUACAUUGGGCCAAUCCAGUCCGCUUCGCCGAUUCUAGAGUAGCCGUAUAAGAGUUUUAGAGAUUACAGUGAUAUCAUCAACUACUAGUGAUAUUGAAGGGCAGCUCACUUAUUCUACUGUCUGCUAGUUGAGUUGGUCAUCUCGGUGACUUGGGAUUGUCCUUGCAAAUACAUUUUAUCAUACCCUCCUAAUUUCAGUUCCUCUAGCUGCCUAAAGGGUGAAAUGUGUUCCCAGCUGUCCACACGCUAAGUUCCCGAUAAACUCCGCCUAUCGUCUCCGACAUACCGGUAUUACAUAUUAUGCUUGCGGUCAUGGUAAGCCUAUAUGCGGAAAUUGUCAAACACAAUUAUUAUUAAGCAAACUCCCAGCAUUUUUUUCAUUUUUUUCACCAAUUUUACUAUCAUAGUACUCGAGUACAAGUAUUUCUCACUGCUCCCUGUGUCUUUGGCCCACUUUCACUCACAUUUUGUACUCGAGUAGGCGGCCAUUCCCUAAGGCUCCCAGCCAAAAUAUCGCAGCUUCAGAGCAAAAAGAUCACGGUCUUCCAAUCUAUAUUUCCAGGGGGUGAAAUUAUAAAUAGAUUCAGUAAGCGCCUAGCUGCAUUACUAUGACCUUGUGAUCAAAAGAAUAAUAAUGACAACAAUAAUAAUAAAAGACUCUUGUUGGUAGUGAUGAUUCGGCUUGGAAUAAAACAAUCAUUUCCCCGGGCCAUGACGGGAUCCGUAGCGCAGGGUAACGCAACGCUAGGCAACCUGCAGCAGAGCCUCAAAACCCGAACCCAGCUUUCUCAACACCCACCCUUCAGAUUUCCAGAUUGCCGAGAGUCAGGAGAGAUUUCCCACUGUCCCACCAUUCAUUACAUUUAGCGAUGCUAUCUCGCAGGCUGAUUUCCUCACACUACCCGCGACCGCAGACAUUGCGGCUCGCGCAAUUAAUUUGUACGCACCCUCUUGUUAGAUGGGGAUAGAGAGAGAGGGGAGGAGAAGGGAGCUGAUGAUGAUGGUGAUGAUGAUGAGGAUUAAGCGAAUGCGUGUUCGAGUGGUAGAUCCAGUAUUCGUGCGAGGGCGAAGGUACUCGAAUAUGCUCAGGAGAAGGGGGGGAAUACGUUUGUCUACCUAUCUCCUUUAGCUUCGCUUGGAAAUGCUAAUAACUGAGAGGGGGGGUUAGAGCAUACGAGGCCGCGAUGGCAUUGAUCGGGUGCAUUGCUUCGGGCGGUGAUGUUGCCGUUCAAGCUAUUGAGGUAAGUCCCUCAAUUCCUCCACUCCCUUCCCUUCACUGUGCUUACGGAAAACGUUAGCUCCUCCGCUAUUGCUCCCUCGCCGACGUUUCAUUCUUAACGACCCUCUCGCAGCCUCCGCUUCUCCAACCACUCUUGAUCCUACUCAAGGAACGAACCCUACAUGCGUGCAUAGUCGAACUCUUGAUGGCUCUUGAAGCUGGUGGUAUAGGACUUCCAUACGUUUCUACCGUCAGGAAGGUAUGCGACAACCUCCGCGCUAAGGGAUACGAGCUUUCGGGUGUCCUUUACAUGGUACGUUCUCUAUCACCUCCACCUAGGGUGACAGGGAGUGCUGACAAUGGGUAAACAGAAGAUGUACUCGAAAUCCGAACUUCACCAGCGCCAGGAACUAGCUUGCUCUGCACAACUACAAGCAUGUCUGCGCCGUGGCUCCAAAGAAGACCUCAUAGAGGCGAACGGGUUGGUUAAGAUCCUUGCAGGAGAUCCUCGAACGGGGGGAUUGUGGGAAGAGGAGGAGCUCGUGUGGAGUGAGAUGAUUGUUGGUGUCCGGGAGCAGGUUUCUGCGCUGGAUGGGGCACUGGAAGGGAAGAUUAAAAGAGAGGUUAAGUAUGAUGGGUUCCUGAAUGUUUGUAUCCCCCUUCCUGCUUCUUAAACUUGUUUAUGUAGGCUAAUUGGCGGGUAGAAACUUGCGCAUCUGUUACAGGCCGAGAAGAAGAAGAUUGAUGAAAUUGAGGCGGACGGGAAUUUGACUACGGGCCUGCGAGUGGUUAGAGGAGAGAUUGAGGAUGUGUUGCAAAAGCAUAAAGAUCUUGUGGUUGGCGAGGGGAGGCGGAUCAUAGAGGGGGUUUUGGUCGUGUUUUAAGCUAUUAUACCUGCUCCCGUUCUUCUUCCAUUCUUAUCGUCGGCAUAGUACGGCUGUCUGGGGAUUUCUCUUUUUGCGGGUGCUGGUAUUUUAUGGCGUUGAGGUAUUUGCUUUUGAAACUGUGAUGAAGUGCUUUGGGACCUUACCAUGUAUUCAUGCCUUCCAUUCUUAUCUUUUUUCUUCUCUUUUCUUCUAGAUGAGAUUUCCGGAGUUUGCGCCCAAUUGGUAUCUUUCUUAAAGAUUUCCCUUCGCUGUUGUUUUUUUUCUCAAUAGUGCUAUCCAACCUACGCAUUGGUUAUCUGGUACUGGGCGCCCUUGCGUGAUAAUUCAUGAUCGUACAUAACUUUCGUAAUACGUUCGAAUCCUGGGAGUACGGUGCAGCAUUUGCCGAACUACCGCCCAGAAACUGCUGGUACCGAAGCGGUAUCAUAAACUGGUCGAAAAUGGCGUGACAGUGCUAUGGGUUGUUUUUCUUAAAUUACCACGAAGUCGAUUGGAGGCAUGAACCGCGGUUC